AUGGUGAAACCGUUUGACCAGACGUUGGAGACGUUCUUACUUACUGACGCCUCCAAACUACAUGGUCUUGGCUAUGCAUUGAUGCAGAGGGAUCAUACCCAAGGUGGCAACCAUCGGCUUAUCCAAUGCAGAUCGUGUUCACUCUCACAGGCUCAAAGGAUCUACGCCACUGUGGAGCUUGAGCUUAGUGCUAUCUGGUGGGCAAUUCAAAAAUGCCCAUUUUAUCUCCGGGAAUUCCGCAUUUCCAGGUCAUCAUCGACCACCGCCCCCUCCUCGGUAUUUUCAAUAAGCCAUUGGCAUCUUUAAACAACACCAGACUUCAACAGCUCAGAGAGAACCUUGAACAGUUUUCGUUUAGCAUUUCGUGGUCGGCUGGGAAAACCCACAUGAUAGCAGACGCAUUGAGCCGGUAUCCGACAUUGCCGGCCAAUCCUUGGCUGAAUGUGGCAUUGUGUGCAACGGUGUCACAAACUGAUCCCUCCUUUAAACUCAAAGUGGAAAACACGGACAAGCAGUACGAAAGCCUCCGGGGCUGUAUUUCCCGGAAUGAUCCGCUUCCGGACUCGUCGUCAUUUCGUGGAGUAGCUGAUGAGAUACAUCUGGAAGACAAUCUCUUGUUGUUGGGCAACCGUUUGUUGGUACCUGGCCCCGCACGUCGUCAGAUACUGGAGCUUUUACAUGCAUCCCACUCGGGCAUCACAAAGGCGACUGAACUUGCCAAACACCUUUAUUACUGGCCAGGCAUGCGGCAUGAAAUUGAAAUGUUCAUCCGCCGAUGCCCUUUGUGUGUCGCAGUGUUGCCUUCCCAAACACAUGAACCAGUAUACUCGGCAAUAAACACGACUUCGGCACAAAUGGACGCAGUAUCUGUAGAUCUGUUUGAAUUGGCUGGGAACAGCUACCUCGUCAUGUUUGAUUGGUAUAGCGGUUUCCCCUUUGUGGCUUGGAUGAAGGUGACGACCACAGAGGAGGUGUGGAAGGUCCUUAUGGGUUGGUUCAACCAGGUUGGGCUGCCCACCUUGAUCAAGAGUGACAACGGACCUCAGUUCCGUCAUCGGUUUGUUGAAUUGUGCAAUCAUUUUGGGAUCCAUGUACAAACAAGUUCGCCCUAUCAUCCACGUAGUAAUGGAUUGGCCGAGGCUGCAGUCAAGUCCAUGAAAUCAUUACUCAAAAAACUGGGCGGCCUGAACGAAGAUGUGUUUUGGGGAGCUUUGCUGGAAUGGCGGUGCACUCCACGGGCAGAUGGAUUUUCACCAGCAUUUGGAUUCUACGGCCGACAUUUGAAGACAAAACUACCAUCCGCGAAAUUGAGAUCGUCAACCCCAGAAGAACUUGAAGCCUUUGCUCAAGCAAGACGGGGUGCAAGUGCUGAUUCCAUUAGGGCUUCAGCCGGGCAUCCACUUAACCAACUCUCGAUUGGCUCGCGAGUCCAUGUUCAGAACCCUUUGGACAAAAGAUGGUCCUACAACGCAGGGGAAGUGAUUGACGUUUCAAACUCUUAUGUUAUGAAAACAACGGCUGGUAAUUUUCGCAGAAAGAGGAGGUAUUUACGUCCGGCUCCUCCUUCGGAC